AUGUUUUCCUGCUUUGUUUCUUAUUUGUUUUUCAUCUUUGUAGCUCUCCUCCGCCUGCUUUCUUUUGUUCCCUACCAUACGUUCUUUUUAUCUACUUUAUUCUUUAGAUUUUUAUUUCUUUUCUCUCUUCACGCCUCCUAUUUCCAACCCACUUGUCCGUUAAGUUUAUACAAAGCCGCCCAUCUGUUUAUCUAUUUACGCCUCUUGAUCAUUGGCGAGUGUCGACGGCGUCAGACAAUUGGCAAAUCGGUCGCUCUAUACUCUGCAGCACCGCCGACCAUCAGAGAUAAUAUCUCUUUCUUGUGUCAACCGCGGGUUACUCUGCCAGCAUCAACGCCAUCAGAAAAAUCCAUUUUCUCGGACGAGGUUGCAAACACCCUAACCAUUAAAGCCAAAAAUAUAUCGAUAUCAAUCCAUCUAUUUCUCUUAAUACCCAUCUAUCUAUCUAAUUCUCCUAAUAUCUAUCUAUUUCUCCUAUUAUCUAUUUCUUCUAAUAUCUAUCUAUCCUAA